AUGGCGCGCGCGGAGACGGUGGUGGACGACGAUGACGCCGCGAUGGAUGAUGCGUUGGCGAUCGAGGACGCGGAUGACGCGCGCGAGGCGCUGUUGCGGGAGGAGUUGAGGAGUUUGCAGAUCGAGCUCGCGGCGACGCGGGAGGAGCGCGAGAGAGACGCGGAGGACGCGGCGCGCGCGAGCGCGGUGGCGGAGACGCUCAGAAUCGAGCUCGACGCCGCGACGAAGGAGUUUGAACGUCUCACGGUGGAGCUGGAUAGCGCGACCGCGCGGACGGGGCAGAUUGAGAUCGGUGCCGCGGAGUCGCGCGAGCGGUUGACGCGAGCCCUUGAAGUCGCGGAGACGGAGGUCGAACGACUCACCGCGGCGCUCGAAAAGAGCGAGGCGAACGCCGACGAUGUGGGCGCGAAACUCGCUGAGACGCGCGAGCAGUUGUCGCAAGCUCGAGAGGUGGCUGAACAGGACGUCGAACGUCUACAGGCUGAGCUCGAGAAAGCUAAGGAAGAGAUGAGCGCUCUCGCUUCGUCAGCGGAAGACAACUCGCGGCUCCAAUCUGAUUUUGAUUGCGCGACUGCAGAGAUCGCGCGGCUCGAGCUCGCACUCGAAAAGAGCGAGGCGAACGCCGACGAUGUGGGCGCGAAACUCGCUGAGACGCGCGAGCAGUUGUCGCAAGCUCGAGAGGUGGCUGAACAGGACGUCGAACGUCUACAGGCUGAGCUCGAGAAAGCUAAGGAAGCGAUGAGCGCACUCGCUUCGUCAGCGGAAGACAACUCGCGGCUCCAAUCUGAUUUUGAUUGCGCGACUGCAGAGAUCGCGCGGCUCGAGCUCGCACUCGAAAAGAGCGAGGCGAACGCCGACGAUGUGGGCGCGAAACUCGCUGAGACGCGCGAGCAAUUGUCGCAAGCUCGAGAGGUGGCUGAACAGGACGUCGAACGUCUACAGGCUGAGCUCGAGAAAGCUAAGGAAGCGAUGAGCGCACUCGCUUCGUCAGCGGAAGACAACUCGCGGCUCCAAUCUGAUUUUGAUUGCGCGACUGCAGAGAUCGCGCGGCUCGAGCUCGCACUCGAAAAGAGCGAGGCGAACGCCGACGAUGUGGGCGCGAAACUCGCUGAGACGCGCGAGCAGUUGUCGCAAGCUCGAGAGGUGGCUGAACAGGACGUCGAACGUCUACAGGCUGAGCUCGAGAAAGCUAAGGAAGCGAUGAGCGCACUCGCUUCGUCAGCGGAAGACAACUCGCGGCUCCAAUCUGAUUUUGAUUGCGCGACUGCAGAGAUCGCGCGGCUCGAGCUCGCAAUCGAAAAGAGCGAGGCGAACGCCGACGAUGUGGGCGCGAAACUCGCUGAGACGCGCGAGCAGUUGUCGCAAGCUCGAGAGGUGGCUGAACAGGACGUCGAACGUCUACAGGCUGAGCUCGAGAAAGCUAAGGAAGCGAUGAGCGCACUCGCUUCGUCAGCGGAAGACAACUCGCGGCUCCAAUCUGAUUUUGAUUGCGCGACUGCAGAGAUCGCGCGGCUCGAGCUCGCACUCGAAAAGAGCGAGGCGAACGCCGACGAUGUGGGCGCGAAACUCGCUGAGACGCGCGAGCAGUUGUCGCAAGCUCGAGAGGUGGCUGAACAGGAAGUCGAAUUGCUGCAGAUUCAGCUCAACGCGGCCAAACGGAAAGCGGAAGAAGCCGCAAGCACUAUCGAUGUCAUGCGCGAGCAACUUGAUGAUGUGAUCGAGGCGGGUGAGAAAGAAAUUACAAGUCUUCAGAUCGAGCUCAAUGCCGCGUCGAAAGUAGCCGAUGAAGCUGGAAUCAAACUCGCAGAUAUGAGCGAGCAGUUGCUACAAGCCAAUGAAGUCGCAGGAAAAGAGGUUGAGCGCUUGCGGGCUGAACUGGAGAAGACGAAGGAGGAGCAAAAUAACGAAUCCAACGGAGUCGUGUUGAAGCUUGAGGGCAAACUUGAUACCGUAAAGGCGGCGAUGGAAAGCUUGGAAGCCGAACUCAAUGAGACAAAGCUCCAUCUGAACGAUAUGACUCACAAGCGUGACGCAGCGGUGCUCGGUCGUGAUUCCGCGGUAGAAGAGUCAAAGAAGCUCUUAGAGCUGUUAGUGACAGCUAAGAGGGAGUUGGAAGUCGCGGCCAUCGAACAACAGAAUCUCCGCAGUGAAGUCAAUCAGGGAUCGGGCACGGAGCAGAGCGACAUCCAGCUGUUCGAACAGCUCGUUGCGGCGCAGAAGGAAGAGAUAAAUACGCUUCGAGAACUUUUGGAAGCCUCUACGCUGACUACGCGAGCGCUCGAAGAACAACUUGUCGAUCUGUCGAAAGAAAGAGGUGCAGCGUUAGCAGAGCUUUCUUCAUCCGAUGCGGUAGCAGCUUCGGAAACGGACCGCAUUCAGAAGCUUAUUCAAGAACGAGACGCGGCGCUGAGCGAGCUGGCAGAUUCAAGCGAGUCACGAGUUUUCAACGAAGAGCGAAUUCAGAAACUCAUCGAAGAGCGCGAUGAUGCGCUGCAGAAACUGGUCGCGAUGGAACGCCAGGCGACUCAAACGGCCGCAUCGAGUUCGGUUCCGCAGAUUGAGGGCGUCUCUACAGAGGUACCGGCUGUUGUCGUUUCGGAUAGCGCCGUCACUGCUCAUGGAGACAAGGUACGAGAGCGCGUCCGACGUCAACUGGAAGAGGCCAUUAAGGGCGAGGCUAUAAGAUUUGUGGAUGAACGGGAGAGAAAAAAGAAGACUAUCGUGACCGAUCAGAUGACGAAAACAAAGGACGGAGUGUACUAUUUUAUCGGGGACGUCAAGUCAUCACAACGUGCGCGCAUCAUAUACAAUCGACACACAUUGUCUAAGAUGUCACGUGACGGCCAAGUGUUCAUUCACGUGGGGUUCGACGGGUGGACACUUGGAGUACCUAAGAAAAUUGGCAUGAUUCCGCUGGCCGUGGAUGCGAAGGAGCGAAAUGUGGAUCACCGUGUUCGCGAUCAAGGUGACUGGGUAGUGGGUGAGUUCGACGUCCACGAAGGAGCAAGUUCGAUAGAUUUCGUUUUCAGCGAUGCGAAUGAUGUUUACGACAACAAUUCAAGGAAAGACUAUCAGUGUGCGGUGGAGCAAGACCAACAACGAUCACACGAAGAUCUGAUCGUGGAGCAAAUUGAGACUGAUUUAGCGAGCAAACGUGAUUUUAUCGAAAAGUGCGCUCAGAGAGCGGGAGAAAGAGCGGAGAGUCAUGAACGUCGCCGCUCCCGAUCGCUCCUUGCUAAGACCAGAGAUGGCUCGCUGAAUCGUGUGCAUACGAUUCCGCACCAGCCGGAGGCCGGGGAGAAUGUCACGAUUUAUUAUAGAGUCGAAGGUAGCGCUCUGGCGAACUCGCAAAAGGUUCACUGUCAAGGCUCCUGGAACCGUUGGAACCAUGAAAACUCUUUUGGUCCGUCAAUCAUGCAGUUUAGCGAUUCGUUGGGUUGCAUGCAGCUAACUGUGAAGGCCCCACAAGACGCACACGUGCUUGACUUGAAGUUUAUGGACUCAGAUGUCCCAUCCGAGGUGUCUCAAGUGGAUGACAACAACGGCAUGGACUAUCACACCGUCAUUGUCAACGGCUCGGGACCAGCGCCCAUCCUGAAAGUCGUCCACGUCGCAGUUGAAAUGGCCCCGAUCGCAAAGGUUGGUGGUAUGGGUGACGUCGUAACAGCACUGGCCCGGGCAACCCAAGAAGACGGGCACCAGGUCGAAGUUUUUGUCCCUCAUUACGACAUCGCACAGUUUGAAAAUGUUGACGGAUAUCACCGCGCAGGAGAGUUCAAACAUGAAAAAACUGUCGUCCAGGUGUACAAGGGAUGGGUUGAAGACGUCCCAGUGACUCUUCUGCGACCUGAAAAUGGUUUUUUCGAUGUCGGGUGCAUCUAUGGGCGUGGAGACGAUCACGUACGUUUUGAUUUCUUCACCGACGCGACGCUUACUUGGUUGCGAAGCAAGCAACAGGAAGUGGACGUGAUCCACACGCACGACUGGCAAACCGCGGCGGCGACUUGGGCUGGUUACCCGAACGCUGCGACCGCACUCACGGUUCAUAAUUUGCAGUUUGGUGUCGAUCGUAUACGUCGAGGAAUGGAGUCCUGUGACAUUGCCACGACCGUGAGUCCGACGUACGCAGACGAAGUACGCUUUCAUCACGCCAUCGCUCCCUCAAAAGACAAGUUUAUCGGGAUUCGGAACGGAAUCGACACGGAUAUUUGGAAUCCUGCCAACGACAAGUUUCUGCCCGUCGGCUACAACAGAUCCAACGCUAUCGACGGUAAACGCGCCGCCGCUGCCGAACUCUGCAACCGUCUCGGUCUGGAGCAUCCGGAAGGAUCCCCUAUUGUUGGCGUUGUCUCACGCCUUACCGCUCAAAAAGGUAUCCAUCUCAUCAAACACGCGUGUUACCGCGUUUUGGAGCGGGGAGCUACCUUCGUCUUGCUCGGAAAUGCGCCCGAUCCAGCGCACCAGCACGAUUUCAACUCGCUCGCCAAGGAGAUGAAGGAAAAGUAUCCUGGUCGAAGCGGCUUCAUGUUCAAAUACGACGAGCCGCUCUCGCACUUGAUUUACGCCGGUUGCGAUUUCCUCCUCGUCCCGUCAAUGUUUGAGCCGUGCGGUCUGACACAGAUGAUCGCCAUGCGCUACGGGACCGUUCCGGUAGUUCGUCGAACUGGAGGCUUGGCUGACACCGUCUUCGACGUCGAAAACGACAGCACGCGCUGCGCCACGGCGGGCAUCCCGCCGAAUGGCUUCGUCUUCGACGGCACGGAGACUCGAGACAUCGAUUCCGCCGUCAUUCGCGCUCUCGACGCCUUCUACGAUCGCGAACGCUGGGAGUCCCUCGCCCUCGUCGACCGCGCGAUGUCCUGUGACUGGGGCUGGUUCGAGCCGAGCAAGCGAUACGAGGAUCUCUACUGGUCCGCUUUGAGCAAGAAGAGAAACACACGGUAG